UGAGAAAACGCUCAUUUUUCUUCUUGUAGGCUCAUUUUUUUUGCUACCAAGGACUACCAGUACCAGUACUAACAGCUAAUAAUUGGACAUUGUUGAAAAGAGUGAUGUAAACAACUUUCAUGAUUGAGCUUGAGGUUUGACAAUUAAAAACCCGAGAUAAGAGGACCUAUAAUGGCGGAGGCACCGAAGGUGGAGCUCUUUAUUAAGGCAAGUGAUGAUGGUGAAGGUGUUGGCAACUGUCCAUUCUGUCAGCGACUUUUUAUGAUCCUCUGGCUGAAAGGGGUCAAUUUUACCCUUACCACCGUGGACAUGAAGAGAGCUCCAGAGGUUCUGAAAGACCUUGCUCCGGGUUCUCAGCCCCCAUUCCUUCUCUAUAACGGGGAGGUACGGACCGACACCAACAAGAUUGAGGAGUUUCUGGAGGAGACAUUGACACCACCACAGUAUCCCAAACUGUGCUGUCGCUACAAGGAAUCCAACAGUGCCGGAGAUGAUAUCUUCCACAAGUUCUCGGCUUACAUCAAAAACCCAAAUCCCGGACUUAACGAGAUGCUGGAAAAGAAAUUCUUGAAGAGUCUGAUGAAGCUGGAUCAGUACUUGCUCACUCCUCUUCCACACGAGUUGGAUAAAAACCCGAAUGCAGCUCAUUCAGCCAGAAGCUACCUGGAUGGAGAUGCGCUCACUCUUGCUGACUGUAACCUUCUUCCUAAGAUACAUAUUGUCAAGGUUGUUUGUAAGAAAUACCGUAACUUCACGAUCCCUAACGCCCUCACUGCAUUGACAAGGUAUCUGGAAAAAACCUACCAGCAGGAUGAGUUCCGCUACACAUGCCCUAAUGAUGCAGAGAUCUUGCUGGCUUACUACUCGGUAGCCAAAUAUCUGAACAAGUAGAUUGAGAAUGGGGGAAAAAAGUUGUGAAAAACAGAAAUCUAGGCCUACAUAAAGUAACCUAAAUAAUUCUAAGUUGGGGGAAGCAAAUCAUGUGUGGUUUGUGGGUGGAGGCUCUGUUUGUACAAAUUUACCACAAUGUACAUUGUGAGCAUUUACUGCCUGCUUUUAUUUAUCAUUAUUAUAUGUUGUGCCUUUUGUGUUAUUGUUUUUUUAAUGCUACUAUAUCAUUUGCUUCAAUAAAAUCAUUUAGUAGAUGAUUUAG